GCGUAUCAGAGUGAACGUACGCUACAGUCAGACGUACCUUGGGGGUAUAUUUCUUUAGCAACCACCGGAGAUGGAGACACUUACCUGGAUGUGCCUGGUCUCAGCCGCGUGGACAUCAUACCUUGUCCUGGCUUCUGAACAUGAUCUUCAUAGUCAUAUAUUGGUAUACGACGGGGAUGAACACAUGAAUGCAACAAAGGGCUGUGGUGGCCUGGAACCUCCAUUCCAGCUCGCACCGAAUCCUGAGUGCAUAUUUUACUGCUUGAAAGAAAUAAAAAAUAAUCAAAGUCAAGAGCGAGGUUGGUCUUACGACCAUUACAAGGAUGGAACACUUUGUGCGUAUCCUAAUGAAAACGCAACUGAUGGAUUUGCCUAUGGCGUAUGCUCAAACUUUAGCUGCAACACAAGUGCACCCGUGAAUGUUACAUUGCUUAAUGAAAUUAUGAAACGACCUUCGGCCCCCACAACAACUUUGCCAAAACCAAGCUCAACUACCAAAAGGAUGCCAGACGAUUUCGACGACACAACAACAAUUUCACCAAAGUCAACUUCAACUACCGAAAAUAUUACGGAAUAUGUUGACCAAACAACAACAAUUUCACCAAAAUCAAGUCCGGCUUCCGAAACCAUUACAGAACACGUGGAUAACGCAACAACAGUUUCACCAAAACCAAGUUCGACCACCGAAAAUAUUACAGAGCAUUUCGACCCCACAUCAACUAUUCAACCGAAACCAAGUUCAGGAAACUCCAUUAAUCAAAUCUCUGAAUUGUUUCGUGCUACUCUGGCUAUGCUACCCCUACUAAUAGCGUAUUUUUCUCUCUAGUGUGUGUUAUAUUAGUAAGUAUUGAGCUCCGAACAUUCGCAACGGUAAAGCCUCGUUAAUGCGAGUUGCAAUUCAGAUGUGUUUCAUGCUUUUUAGACCUGAAAGUUGUCUUCGUUUUCAUUUAUAACGCAGGUACUAGAAUUUAGCAAUAGAUGUAGUUUUGGCCACAUAUUAAUUUUAAAUGUUCAUUUAUAUUUAGAAGUUUCGCGUUCUUGUACUCCAAAGAGAUGAGGACACAGCGUUUUCGCCGUUCCUUCAAAACCAAGAAAAUAAUUUUCACUACAUGAUGUUUGUUACUUUCUAAUUCAGUUGCUCGAAUUACAAUCAUUAGUGAAACGCAGUAACUUUUGGUCAGAUAUGAUACAGAUAAAUUUAUUUAUUACAGGACUUUAAUAUCGGAUCUAUUGAACCACAUACAAAUAACAAGAUGUAAACUUUUAGGCGUCAAAUACCUGCGUCUUUGAUGGGCCUAUAGCGUGCGCUAGAACAUUCAACCUUAUGUCAUUCUUGCACAAACUGUAUCAAGAUGGAGGCUAAUAAUCAUAGUUUUCUUCCAGCUCCACUAAAUUGAAAUUAGAAACUCUCAAAAAUACUGUAUUUCUUACUUAUUUAAUGUACACAGCUGUACAUGUAACGUACAUGUUCUAGCAUUGUUAUGACUCCCCGAACUUUGUUUGUUUUGUACCUGUCAAAUACGUUUAAGUUGCAACGCAAUUAACUGACAUAAUUCUAGUCAAAACAUUUUCACACCAUAACAUAGUAAUUAUUCAGCUAUCUACAUAAGGAGCGUGUGCUACAUGUUACUUACAGAAUUUUCCUAAUAAACCAAUACAGUGCUCUGCUUUAUAAUUUCACACAGCUUUGUUUGUGAACAGUGUGUCGGUACAGAAGUCCUAGCUUGGCAAGCCAAUGCUUUCUGAGAGCCGCCAUGACUUGUUCUCUACGAAAAAGGUUAUAUGGAGGUUUUGUAGAAAACUUUUUGCUUAGUGACCGUUCAAAAUACGUAAAAAUAGAAACUGUUUAAAUUUGUCGUUAAAUAAUGUAGAGAAUGUGUUUCUAUCUAUUUCAACCUGAAAUAAAAUAUACGUCACAAAUAAACAAACCAAACAACA